AUGAGCAACUCGAACCCGGUAGCGCCUAAGAAGAAGAAGGGUGGUUUCCUCGCCAUCUUUGGCUGUUGCGGCGUCCCUGAUGAUGCGAACGGCCUCGAUACCCCGGUACCAAGCCACAAGCUCGACAGGAUUCCCCCUAGACCGGCGACCGCGAGCAGGCGAACAGCAACCCCGUCCGAGCAACCCACCGCGAGCAAGACUCAGCUGUUUGAGAAGGAACCAGUUCAGCAAUCGCAGCCGACCCAAGAACAGUCGAAGAACGGGAAGCGGGUAUCAGGAACGAGCACUCAGGAUCAGUCGACAGUUGGCGAAAGGGAUGGAGAGUCAAAGCAGACAACAAUCGUUGGCCCCGGCUCAAGUAGCCCGCAGGCAUCGGUAGAGCCGCCACAGCAGACCAACAAGGAAGUGGAGGUGGUUGAGGAGGUGGUCAAUGAGAAGGACGAAGAAAGGGAUGUGCAGAUGCCUGAUGCCGCCGAGGAAUCACAACAGGCUUCACAUGCGGCCGAUGCCACGACUGAGGAAUCGUACACGAAUCUUCCUCCUCCACCUCCGGGCCCGAUUCCCGCAGCUCCAACUGCACCAACAAGCGGUGCGCUAAUUGAGAGCCCUCCCGUCUUUCCUCCCGACCAACCUCAGAAGUUCCUACUGCCUCCUCAAGCACCUGAGUUCAAGGGCAAGAAGUGCCUUGUUCUUGAUUUGGAUGAAACCCUCGUGCACAGCUCCUUCAAGAUCCUCCAUCAGGCCGACUUCACAAUACCCGUUGAGAUUGAAGGCAACUACCAUAAUGUCUAUGUCAUCAAGCGGCCAGGUGUAGAUCAGUUCAUGAAGAGAGUUGGCGAGCUCUACGAAGUUGUUGUCUUCACUGCGUCGGUUUCCAAGUACGGUGAUCCGCUGCUGGACCAGUUGGACAUCCACAACGUUGUCCACCAUCGUCUUUUCCGCGAAAGUUGCUACAACCAUCAAGGAAACUACGUCAAAGACCUGUCCCAGGUUGGACGCGACCUCAAAGACACCAUCAUCAUCGACAACUCGCCAACCUCGUAUAUCUUCCACCCCCAGCACGCCGUACCAAUCAGCAGUUGGUUCUCGGAUGCGCAUGACAACGAGCUAUUGGACCUCAUUCCCGUUCUGGAAGACCUUGCCGGUGUCAACGUGCAAGACGUUAGCCUGGUCUUGGACGUCACUCUUUAA